UCAGAUCUGGCACACCAUUACCGAAUGGUUCAUCCUUUGAGUGCAAAACUUUCCAAGAAAACAAGCGCAAGCUGGCGGGUGGAAGACCAAAGUGACAGACCUCACUCAUUUGACUCCUACCAGUUUGGUAAAUCACAGGAUGAAGCAAAGGCGUCCUCCACAGUGUUCAAGUGCCUUUACUGCUCUGCAAAUUUUAAUAGCAAACACGGUCUCCAUAUUCACUGUGGAAUGAAACACCCGGAAGUUGUAAUCAAAAAAUUUGAACAAGAACAAAAACCAAAAAAGCAGCUCCAAAAACGUCUGCAUGUCUUUAAGUGUCCGUAUUGUACCUACGUCAAUACCGUUUAUCAGGGUGUUCUCACUCACUGCCAGAUGAAGCAUCCCAACCUCCCAUCCAGGGCCGACAGUCUCCAUGUGGAUAUGGUGUUUGUUGAAAAUUUGGACGACACCCGGAAAAGCAUUCCUCCUGGUGAGACUUUGAAACUUUGUGGGCACAUGUGUAAAACCUGUCCCCAAAUCUGCGCAACGCUGGAAAAACUGAACAAACACUGCGAGCGAGACCACAAGAAGACUGGUGCAAGCACAGCACAAAGCACGGCCAAACCUGCUCCUAAGCCAUUAGUUAAAAGUAAAAUACUUCUAUCUAAAGCCUACAGUACACAUGGAUCUGUAUCAAAGACUUCAGUUUUAAGCAAGAAAAUCUAUGCCGUGAUCAACUGCCAGCACUGUUCUUACACAUGCACCACCAAACUUGCUCUUGGUCGCCAUUUGCUUGCUAACCACAAGCAUACUAUUUCAAAGGACUGCGUAUACAAAUGUGUGCUGUGUUCUAAAGUUUACUUCAGGAAAAAGCAUCUUGGAGGCCACUAUGCAGUGACGCAUGGAAAGGAGGCUUAUUUAAAAUACUACGUGCCCAUAUACAAACAGCCUCUCAAGAAGACAGCGCCAUCGCCGUUUGAAGACCCAUCAACUCAGCAACAAGAAAAAGCCUCUGAGACAUUUAAGUCUAGCAUAACAGCAGAAGAAAGCCUCUUGAUCUACAAGUGUCCAAACUGUCCAUAUGUGAAUGCUAGCUACCACGGGACCCUCACUCACUGUCAAAUGAAGCAUCCAGCAAUUGUAGUCCGGGCAGAUGAACUUGAGACAGGUGAAGUCUUUGUAUCAAACAUGGUCAAUUGUACUUUAGGAAAAGGUUCUAAUGAAAGAGGGUACUUGUGUAAAAAAUGUUCACAAAUCCAUGGAUCACUGACAAAACUCAAUGCUCACUGUAAGAGGGUUCAUCAUGACACAGAAGUGUAUGAGCACACAGACACUGAAAGCCAGCCGGUUCACACAUCUCAGGGCUCAGCAUGGGAGGAUGCCUCUGUGAAAAACAAAACUUCGAGAGAAGUAAGCAUUGCGGAAAGUAGACAGGCUCCACAAACGGAAACUCCUGAGGCAUCCCCAUCAACUUUGCUGUCCGGCCUCCGCAGCAACAAACAGUUGUACAAGUGCCAGAUGUGCACCUAUAAAGGACGAUAUCAAUACCUCCAGCGCCACUACAAAAAUACUCACAAAUUGGAUGCAGUCAGUAUUUACAAACUUCUUGAGAAAUAUAAUAAGCGUAAAUGGAACUCUCCCAGCAACGUACUUAAAUCAGGCAACAGCACAAAGGUUAAAUGUUUGAAAUGUCCAGAAUUAACAUUCAAGUCGUCGCAGCUGCUCAUUGACCACUAUAGUACUUUUCAUCGCUCAGAGUGGAAAUUGGACUUUACUGUGUUGUCACUAGGAUCGACGAAAAAGAAAACCACAGGGGUUUACAAAUGUGACCACUGCAACACACAAUUAAAUGGGAUUAGAAAGGUGUGUUAUCACAUGGAUCGCCACAGAGCAAGGAUGCUAGAGAAGGCCAAGGCUGCGCAGAGAAAGGAGUCGCUUAUUAGCACAACACUAGAGCAAGAAUCCAGCGAGCCCUGCAGGCAAGACGAAACGACCACAUUGGAAACUGUGAACGAGGUUAAUCGUUGGAACGGGACACCAGUACAGAGCGCCGCUACAUCAGAACUCUCUGAUGUACAGCAGCCAGAACUAGAAUCGAAUGGAGACAAACACACGUGUAGACAGUGCGGCCGGAUGUUUAUGUCAUUGAAAGGCUUGCAUUCACAUGAGCACAGCCACGCAGCCCUGGCAGCCAUCAAGAAAUUGGACAAUAGCUCCACAUCUGGAUUAAAACACAACAUUAGCAAAUAUCUCAUCCACAAAUCUGGAACUCUGAGACCUUUUCUGUGUAGUUGCUGUACCUAUCGGACAACAGUCUUUGGCCUCUGGAGGAGUCAUUUUAUGAAAAAGCAUAAUGGUAAGAACUCAUUUGUAAGAUCACCAGUGGUAUCUUAUGAGCAUUAA